AUGACGGACCAAGGAGAGCACGAGAGCAGUUCAACUAAAGUUCCUCUAGCAGCCUCUGCCAAGUGCGAUGGCAAGCAGGGCAGAACAAACCACGUGCACCGCGACCGCAACACAAACGAGCAUGACAUGCCGAAGAACAACAUGGACCAGCAGGUCAGAAUUGGGGAGACAGCCAUUGCCACAAUUGUCGAUGAAAGUGAGAGAUUAAAAAUUGACACUAAGCACCUUCGGGAGCUUAGCUUUCGAGUUGGAUCGGUCUACCAGUUCAUCGGCGAGCUGCUUAUUCAACCGGACAAUGAGCAGUUUGUGGGCAAAGACUUGGCGAGGUUCUUCAAAAAAUAUGGCAUCAAGCAGCAUAUGUCCACGCCCCAAUAUCCGCAAGGUAAUGGGCAGGCCGAGGCGUCCAAUAAGACCAUCCUAGACUGCCUCAAGAAGUCAUUCUCAAACAAGAAGGGUAAGUGGCCAGAGGAGUUCCCUAGUGUUCUAUGGGUAUAUCGCACCACCAAGAGACGAGCAACUGGUGAAACUCUAUUCUCCCUGGUGUAUGGCUCUGAGGCGAUCAUUCCUCCUAACGUUAUGGUGCCAAACAUCAUCACUGUACUGCCAAAUUUCAAGAAGAACAAGAAUGAGAUGGUCAUAAAUAUAGAUUUGGUAGAGGAAUAUCGCGAAAAGGUCAUCAUGAACGUAGCUUGGCUCUAA